AUGGAGCUAGACUCGGCCCAUAUCGAAAAUGACGAUAGAACCCCACCUGAUCGUACACGUCACAAAUUUGAAAUAAAAGCUACCGGUGAAGCCGCCAGGGCAUACGACUUCAAAGCUGCCAGGCCACCGAAAAAGAGAACUAAUUUAAUAGAAACUAUUGGAAACCUCGCAAAAACUUGUCUAGGUGGUGGUGUGGUUGCUAUUCAUGAAUCCUACAAGAUGUGCGGUCUUUGGACGUCUUUUGUAUUAACUAUUGUAUUUGGUUUUUGCAUCAGUUAUGCUAUGUAUACGAUUGCUCAUUCUGCCCAAAGAAUGUAUGGGCGUGUACAAGUUCCUCAAAUGAGUUACCCAGAUCUUGCUGAAGCUACGCUCGAGGUCGGACCAUUUGAAAAACUUAGGAAGUACAGUAAAUCUUUUAGGUACCUUGUUGAUUUCACCAUAUGUUUUAACUUAUUCGGCUCCUGCUGUGUCUAUCAAAUCAUGAUGGCUCAAACUAUUAAGCAGCUAGUGGAAGGUAGUAAUGAAAUUUCCAUUGAUGGAGAUCCUCCGUUGAGGGUAUAUAUUGUUAUCCUCGUUAUACCAUGCAUCCUUAUUGGUAUGAUAACAAGUUUGAAAUAUUUGGCACCGUUUUCUAUCAUCGCUGACUUUAUUAUAAUGACUGUGGCCAUAGCGACAGUGUAUUAUGCAGUUAAAACAGCAGAAAACAGUCCGUUAGAUAUGCCGGUGUUUAAGAGUGUUGCUGGGUUGUUUGAGUUUAUGGGCGUCUGUAUAUUUAGUAUGGAAGGUCUGGGAGCCGUGAUGGCUAUUGAGAAUAAUAUGGAAGAACCGAAGAAGAUGGGUGUGGCCUUAUUUGGAGGUAUGUCAAUAGUGGUCAGCAUUGUUCUUACGAUUGGAUUCUUCGGUUAUUGGGCUUUCGGAGAAAAAUCAAAGUCUCCCGUCACUCUUAAUUUUCCUUUAGAUCCGUUUCCUAUCGGGCUGAAAGUUUUGCUUGGGAUUAUGAUCUAUGUAACAUUUGCACUGAAUUUCUUCUUUCCAUUCGAACUUAUGUGGUUUUACAUUAAAAAGAAAUAUGAUCCGAAUAAGUACUGGUUGUGGGAGAGAGUGUUCAGAGCUAUAUUUAUUUGCGGUAUCACGGCCAUUGCUACUACCUUCCCAAAAGUUAACAAGUUUAUCGGUGUGUUGGGAUCAUUCUGCAUUUCGAAUAUGGGAUUCAUUUAUCCAGCCUUUAUUCAACUCUGUUUGGAUUGGACUGACCCAGGUUUAGGGGUCAUGUUAUGGCGGUUUUGGAAAUUUGUUCUUACAAUUGCCUUCGGUCUCACGCUUUUCGUCGUAGGAACUUAUACGAAUGUGAAAGGACUAAUUUUGGAAUCGUUUUGA